AUGGAGCGACCGGCGUCCGCCCCGACGCUCCUGACCAACACCUUUGUGCUCUGCGACGUGGUGUCGCUCGAGUGGCACGUGUAUGUCAGUGCACCAGUAGUCGACGACACGAACGUGAGCAGGCAGACGGUCUUGAAGAGCACGUUAGACAGCGCUGGUGCAGACCAGACGGACAACGACACGGCCCUGAACCUCUUUUACCAGCGUCUGCAGCUGCGAAACGCUGUCUGUGUCCUCCUGGACACGCCAACAGAUAGCACGUCGUCGUCGUCGUCGUCGUCGUCUUUUUCUUCUUUGUCCUGUAGCAGCUCGACAGAGCUCUGGGUGUUUACGUCCAAUGGCAUGCGAAGCGGCGCCCCAGCUGAACUGCCUAAGGGCGUCUGGGAGUCACAGACUGGGUGCUGGACAGAGACGUCCAAGCCGCUUGAUCCUGCAAUCCAGAAGCUGUUUUUUGCAGCACUAGCAUCGGUGCUUGGCAGGAAGCUACUGGCUCAAGAGGAGUUUGUGCUUAGUAAAGAGGGCCUAUACGAGCCGAAUGAGGCCAAGUUUAUCUUUCGCUGUCCGUCGCUAACGCGACUGAAUGACGUGGAGGUUUACCUGGAGGAAGCGUGUCCGACGCCGGCGUUCCAGUUGCACUUCCGACUGUUUCAUCCAAGCAAUUUGUUGGCUGUUACGCUGGAUGUAGUGAGGAGGGAAGGUGCGGUGGUACCGGAUGGUGCGAUUGGCGAGGAAGUAGGCGACUCGAGGUGUUCGUGGGAACGACUUGUAGGUUUGCCAUCGCAGAAGGACCACUCGGUCGUGGACGUUUGGCAUCAGAAGGACAGCUUGGUACCGCGGGUUAUUGCUGGGACAAAGUACACUGACGUGACACCUUGGUUUCGCCAAGUAUCGAAACGGAGACAUAAGCGUAGAUUGGAGGAGGGCGGCGGCGGUGGAGAUGACGAGGAAGGUAAAGAUGAAAAUGAAGACGAUGCGGAUGAGGACGAAGAUGAAAACAAUCAGGAGGCGGAUGUGGAAACGGACGAGUUGCCUCACCGAUCUGUAAAUGGGGAAGUAGCAAAAGCAAACAAGAAGCAUGGUAGUGCUGAUUCUGCGGAAAACGACGAGUUGUAUGCACCCGUGUCUCCAGAUACUCACAUCAAUACACCCGAUGCAAGUGGUCCGAUUAUUCAAAUGACGCUACCCCACGACGAUGAGCGACAUGCGCAAGUAGAUGCUGAUGUCAGGCAUUUUAAGCGGCGACGUAGAGGGCAUAAUGCGGAAGGAAUGAAGGACGGGGCGGGGUUCUCAGUGACGUUUGGACCAAUUGUAACUAAUGGUGCCGGUCCCAGUUCGAUAUCAAAGGCUUUGGUGUAUAAUACUAAUGGUGUAAAGGGGCCUGCACUGGAUCCUGCGCAACUUUUCUCUAUGGCUAGAAUGUCUCUAUCCAAAGUUGGACCGACGUUUGCUAGGCCAAAAAGUGAUGUCAAGCCUCUAAGUGUGGCUGUAUCACUUGUGGAAUCCCUGUCUCAUAGCGAACAACAGGAGGCGCUGGACGGUCGGCCUGUCAAGACGCAUCCCAUGCUUCAGGCACUACAAGACUACAUUGAUCAAGGCGGUCAGAUGAACGUUGAGCAAAAGUUGACGUCAAGCAUGUCGACAAAAGUCAAGUUUUUGGCAAAUGCGAAGGCGUUCAUUCCAUCCCCACUCCAAGCGACGCUGGGUCGCCUAUCAAUCAACCAUGCAACGACUCACCAGUUGCGUCUGGGAUUGUGCUCCGAUCGCUUUGACCCCUGUCGGUCUACGUACACAAAGCUGCAGUACCCGAGAAGUGGUCGCCAACAAAAGAUGGAACAGCAACGGCGACUUCUUCUUGACUUUGACGAAGUUGCAUUCGAAGAGCACGUGCACAAAGAUGCAGUAAAAAUGAGAAGCAGUCAUGCGCAGACGAAAGUACGAGAUGGCGAGAUAUCACUAGGCAUCCAAAUGGCAGCUUCGGACGCGAUGGUUGCUUGGAGGCAAGAGCCACAUGGAAUCAAGGCGUGGUCUACGCACUUGAAUCUUGAGACGGCUACGGCUAAUGCGUUCGAAAAGAGCGAUAUGGUGAGCCGCGUGCAGCCUUAUUUACAAAGUCUAAUGCUGCUGUUGAAAAAGGAAGAAAGAAAUGGCUUGGAAACGCGAAAAACGAGGCGUGACCGACGCUGGAUGAAUUUUAAGGACUACGUCGAGGCCGAGACGAAGUCGGCUGCUGGGCCCAACUGUAUCGAGUGCGUCCAGUUGGAGGAAGAACCGAAAUUAUGUGUCUCCAAGCUGGAGUCGAGCUACCAUGUCAAACCCGCUAUUAUUUCGGAAUAUUUAUUGCGGGAUUUGCAUCCCGUAGCGGCGGCCAAGUCUGUAGAUUACGUGAUUGUUUGCCCGCAGUCUCCAUCACAGUGGCUCGCAUCUCUCGCACUAUCUUAUUUCACCUGCUUCCGCAGCAUGUAUGCGCAGUGUCAUAUGGGCGACUUGGUUCCCGUCGAUAUGAGCCAAGUGGAAGGGAAUCAUUAUACGCGCGUUGAUGCUACCAAUGGACUGCUGCUCGUCGACUGCGCCGAUAGUACAUUGGAUCCUUUCGCUAACUUUCGUGCAGCCGGACAGCUGUUGAAUCCCAUGUUAUCGUCAGGUGCGACGAAAAAAGCGCAGGCUUUUUCACGAUCGGCUGUGGCCAGUGUGGUGUACCUGGUGGUCCCGUUUCGCCGAUCUGACGUAAAGCACAAAAUGUGGACGUUAGGAGCAUUUUCACACGGCUUAUUUGGCACUGAAAGCUUUGCCGAUGUAAGCAACUGGAAAGACAGUGUGACGAUAGAGAUGGUGUACCUGGAUGACUUGUAUGAAGUAGAAAUGAAUCCGAGUCCAUACGUGCUGAUGCCGAACUGUUUUGGUCUAUACGACCGGGUGUAUGAAAACUUGAACUUGAAGCCAGUCGACGGUGUUGCUCGAGGCGUCGGUCGAUCUCGGUUCCUUUGUGAGCGCUUGUAUCACCUGGCUGAUUGGCGAGCAGGCAUGGCCGAGGAAAACCAGGAGUGUCAAUCGAGUCCGCCGUAUAUUUAUGGUGGAUACUUACUCUCUGAGGACCGCAAAUGGGUCGCGUGCAGCUUCACAGACGCCGUCGGCUCUGUUCUUGAGACACAUACGAUUCCUGUAGGAAAUGCUGAGAAUGGAAGCGGCCUCGAAAGCGCUUUGAUUGAGAUGAUGCUGAAGAUGCUGCAUUUUCUUGCACUCUUCGGUGAGAAAAGCAUACUUGUAGUCACGCGCCUGACGAGCGUGGCUGGGGCAUCACGCUUCGAUGAGCAAGAGGAAGCGGCAUGGGAGGCUUUACGGUCCGACCGUCUAGAGGAGGUGAUACCUCCGAUAUUCAAGCCUCUUCUUUCGUGUGUUCUGCUUCUGCAGCUUGCUGCAGCAUCGCAGGAGGAGGUGCAAUUGCGUGAGGAUCCAUCGUCUACAGCUUUGUACGUUUCUGACAAUGUGGGAUUCGUCGUCAUGCCUCCUCCAGAGAGUACUGGCUUUUGCCACAGUAGCCGUGCUGUAAUUUAUACGGGCAACGAUGCUUGGAAGUCCACUUCUUUGCUUCAUGGUCAGCACACACUUGCCCGAAAACGAGAAGCGAGGGUGCUGAAAGUGACGCUCGUGCUUGCAUUGCUGGAAGAGAGUGCUGAUUCCAAAGACGGCAAAAGGACAGGAUUGGUGCCUGCGAGCACGAUGACUGCUGUUUUGCGAGACUUUCACGCACAGUCGUACUUGACGAUGCACCCAAUUACAAUGGAAAGGCAAUCGCCACUGCCUCAUCAUCUGGCCACUAUCUCGAAAAUCGGCCGCGAAUUACAAGUAUUGAACACCCAGCUGAUCACGGACCCGUUGCAGUUGCGGUGA